AUGUACGGUAACAUGCAGCGUAAAACUCUUUUGAAAAGGCCAUUUCGACUAAGGAGAUUUGUCGAGCCUUUCCUUUGUCAGCUUAAGCUCAAAAUCUGCCUCCAGUUGCUGAUGCUGGCGGUAAUCAUACACUUCCCGAAUCUUCCAUCGUUCUUAAUGGCAAUGCUAAGGACGAUGGCAGCAUUGUUAGCUACCAGUGGACAAGUCUCAUACAUCGACGCAUCCUCAUGUUCUUUGAAAUUUUCGUACGCGCAAGAUAAAACACCAGAUGGUUGUGCUCUUUUGUGUGACAACGAUGCUGUUCGGCAAGAGUAUUCUGAGCUCAGAUCUCAGCUAAAACCGGGAAAAACCUCACGAAGAGAACCAAAUCUCCUUCGAAGGAAAACCACUGGACAGUCCAAUUUUUAUAUGUUGGGUCGUGCAACUAGAGCAGUGGAGAUGACGCGAGCCGUCAAUCUUAAUGUGAACUUCAUGGACGGCAUGGUGGUCGUAGCCGCAAGGAUGGGUUCGCUGGAUGUGGCCAGUGCUUUUGCUGAAGGACCCGCAAGUUCAAAUGGCCACGAAAGAUCAAAAAAGCUGGCGCUUGGAUGUUUUAGUUCAAUCCUUCAAGUCAUAGCUUGUUCUCUUGGGAACCUCGAAAUCGCUGAAAUCCUAAUCGCCCAUGGUGCUCUCAUCAUGGCAAAAGAUCACAAGAAACGUGCAGCUUUAUCGCAUGCUAUCAUUAACGGACAAGAACAUUGCGCGGCUAUGUUACUGGCAAAAGGAGCUGACUUUCUCAAGGGUGAUUCUUCCAACAACACACCUGCACACUAUGCUGCUGCUUACGGUUGGCUAGAAUGUCUAAAGCUUCUGACUAGUGUUGAUCCGAGUUGCCUCAAGCAAGAGAAUGAUUGGAAGCUAACACCACUAUCCAUUGCUUACCUUAAAGGCCAUUAUGGAAUUGUGCAAUGGCUUCUGGACGAGAUGUCCGAAUAUGUGGAUAUUAAUGGGAAGGAUAUGGAAGGUGUGACGCUGUUGUCAUCAUUACUGCGUUAUACUGACGAAGAUGCGCAAAGCGAACUUCUUGAGCAGAACAGUACUUACUGUCCAGGUAGAGAUUCAGUUUCAUAA